CUCGCUCGGGUCCGCCUCUCUCCUCUCGACUCAACUCGGCAGUUCUCGUCUAGAAGCGUCCAAGUGGAGGAGGAAAAGGAAAGGAAAAGGGGGGAAGCUGGUCGCUCCGGGAAAGAAGAAAAAGUAAACGACAGUUAAAUCUCGCCGGCCAGCGCCAUUGGAAAGUGUCCGCGGCGGGAAUCGGAGGUUUUCUGAAGUGGCCGGGAGGCGUGAGAGCGGCUGCCUUUCCCCCCGUCUGUGUUGUAAACACACGGUGUAGUUGUGACAUUGCGCCGUGAGCGACAGAGCAGAGGAAAGGUCUCCUCCCAGUCGUGUUGACGGAUACGGAGACAGCCCGAGCCGCCUGUAACACUCCACCCCGGCCAGUGUAGUUUUGAACCAGGAUGUCUUCAAAGACUCACAGCUCCAACAACAUCGCCCUCGCCCGGAGGACGGUGCAGCAGCUCAGAAUAGAAGCGAGCAUCGAGAGGAUAAAGGUGUCCAAGGCGUCUGCAGACCUCAUGAACUACUGCAGUGAACACGCCAGAAACGACCCGUUCCUCGUGGGCAUCCCCGCGUCAGACAAUCCCUUCAAGGACAAAAAGCCCUGCACUAUAUUGUAGUGGAUCCCACCUAGCCUUAAUGUAAUUUUUUUUUUUUUUUUUUUUUUUUUUUUUUUUUUGCUUAUUAAUGUCGCUGUAAUCUUUUCGUCGGGAGGAUUGAGGGGUGGACUGUGAUUGCGUCUUUACCAUGUGUUCACCUGUUCUGUUAACAAUUCAACCUUCUUGUUUUUUUUUUUUUUCUUUUCUUUGAAAAGCAAAUAAAUGUCGUGCCGCUGUCCUGUUAGCCUGUAUUUCUCCCUGGAGCUGUUCAGCUUGAGCUCUGACCACUAACAACCAACUUUUGGCUGCAGAGUUACAUCUCAAAUCUCAAAGGCAGACAGACGCUGUCUGAAUAUUCGGGCGGCGCUGGCUCCCCUCUGUGACGGAUUUGAUUCUUCAUCUGUACAGUCUCAUCUCCAGCGGGCAGUGACUGUUAUUUCUCUGUGAUUUGCCUUAAAUGGAUUCAUACAGCCAAAGUUUCCUCUCUGUUCUUUACAGGAAAUGUAUCAGAAACCAUUCCAGCUAGUAUUACGUGUGUGUGUAGUUUAGAUCACUGGGCCAGGGUUUACACUGAGUUAAUAAUGUACCACCAUGUAUAACUGAUUGUGACAGUAGUGCAUAGUGUCAAAAUGAAACUGUUGAAACAUAAAAGAAAGUGUUUUCCCGACUCAUCGCAGCUGCAGCGGCUCUGACUGGCCCUCGACAAUCUGCAUCCUGAUUUAAUUCCGCCUUUCCUCCUUCACUGUUUGCAGUUUGAUCACAGCUGUUGUUUCAGGUUGAUGAGACACUUUGCAUAUAAACACAAUCGAAGCCGAUCUCCGGAGUGCAGAUUGCCGAGCUUUGAGAAAUGCGUCAGCCGUCAAGUCGCAGUCGAUGAAGACGACGUUAAAUACGAGUCAGUGCUGUGUUGAAAUCAUGUAUCUGAAAGCUCCUCUCUGAGCUGCUGUCAUUCCCGCUCGACACGCUACGGUACGAACAUGUUUCCCUUUGUUUGUUUAAUGAGGCCGAUGACGCAAACUGUGCCACCAAGUAUUAAUCAGCACCGUGAGCCCGGCCUGCUCGCCCUCCGCAGAGCGUCUCAGCCAUGUGAAAGUGCACAGCACUGUCUUUAAAUGUGUUCGGCACAAGUGUUAGAGGUACAGGCCCGGAAGUGUUUGUUGAUGAAAACCACUUUUUUUUUUCUUAAUUUUUCAAGUUUAUACCUUAAAAUGUGUUGAAGAGCUUCAGUCUAACAUGUCCUGCAUGUUGCUAUUUGCUGGGGGAAAAAAAAGACCUCCUUUUGUCAUUUUAACCAAAAAAAAGAUUUUAAAAGAAUCUAAAUAGAGAAUGAUUUCAGCGUUUUCUCACUCUAAAGCCUUACCUAUGUUUGCCUUGUGUCGUGAAGAAAUCUCUAAAUGGGAGCACUAGUUUCUUCUAGAAAAGCCUAUCCAGUGUUUGUCUGUGGGAUGGAAGUGAUUUGUGACGAUGUUGUGCCAUCGGUUUGGUCUACAUGUUACUAGCAGAUCAUGUUCAUUUGUCUUUCAUUCACCUGGUGCUCAGCUUUGCAGCAGUUUUGUUAUUGUUGCCUUCUCCAAAGGGUACUUUCAGGUCUUCGAAUCAGUAAGAUCUCGUGUUAAAUCCAAUCUGUAUUUUUUAUGAUUGUCUCCAGCAGUCAUUUGUUCUUACUUGCAAUAAAGCAACCCUGUAUGCCACCUAAGGAGAAAAAAAAAAAAAAAAAUCAGAUUACCACUGCCAUGUUGUAAUUUCUGUCCAUUCACUGCAAAUCUGUAACAGCCUUAUUGUACCAUCAGUA